AUGUCGACUCGGCUCACCACGACUCAAGUCAUCGAGCAAGGACGCUAUCUAGACCCAGACUUUGAGGCAUCUUCCCUCACAGUUUCUCAGCUCAUGGGUGUCCUUGUUCAUCACCGUGUCAACUUUCCAACACCAUACUCCAAACCGAAGCUCAUGCAGAUCUUCAAUGAAGAAAUCAAGUCCAAGUUGUCGCCUCUAAAGCGUCAGCGGUUGAAGCAGCAGAACAGCAUCGCCAGCAGUGAUGGCAUAACUGACGGUGUAACGGGGCAACCGCUGGCAGGUGGUAGUGAAACAAAGGUGAUGAGGAGGUCCAGACGUCUUUCUCGUGCCCCAACUCAAGAAGUGGAGUCCUCUCCGCCUCGUCCUGACCCACCCAAGCGUCGUCGUUCCUCGGCCCAGCCGAAUCUUGGUGGCCCAUCACGUAAAUCUACAGUUACCAAUGCACAAACCCUGAUGGAAGAGAGUGAACCUGAGGAAGAGCUACCGGUCCGCAAAGUCGGAAGGAGCGAGAAAGCUUCAGAAACCGCUGGAGCGUCGAGCCGUCGAGUAUCUCAUACGGAAGACAGUGGCUGGGAAGACAAUAAUGUCUUUCAAUCUGGUGCCGAAUCUUCAUCGCCAAUGCGUCCUUCGCCUGUUCGUCCGAGAACACGGCGACCGCUACGACAGUCACGAAAAUCUUCUUCGGCCCCUCCCCAAAUGGUCCCUUUAUCACCAACCCCGCCUGCUGUGGGAUCAGGCAGCUUGCACCGAUCACCUCCUCAAUCCCGGUUUGAACCCCAACUACCAUCCAUCAUAUCGGCAGGAUCGCGCCUGUCGAUACCAAGGUUCUCUACCCCCAGUCCUCCGCAUGGGGAGCUUGAAAGCGAAACGAAGGAUGAACCAGUUGAGGAAGUUAUACCUGAUGAUGACGAGGGCAUUGCUGAAAGGACCGUCGCUGUAGACCGUGGGGUUGAUCAUGAAGUCGCCGAAGAAGCGGACGCUGUCGAGGAUGUACCAGCAUCUGCCGUAUUGCCUCUUCGGGGACAAGAGGUUGUUGAACGUCUUCUUUCUCAAGCCCAGAGGCCGCCUCCACGCGCUUCGAUGUCACCUGCGAUGCGAUUGCUCCUUUUAACAUUCCUCGUGGGGCUCGUAGCGGUGGUCUGGAAUUAUAAAUUGGAAUCUGUAUCAUUUGGUUACUGUGACCCCGGAAGUGAUACAAACCCUUUGCUAGAAGAAGCGAGAGUCAACCGGAAGGCUAUCGAAUCGUGCAACCGCGAAAAUAGGACACUCCUGCAUGAGGACGUCGAAGGAGAUCUAACGCCGUGUCCGUUACCCUUCAUACUGCCAUCGUUCUAUCCUGAUUCAUGCACUCCAUGUCCGGAGCAUGCCACAUGCACUCGGGAUAGUGUGACAUGCGAUACCGGUUACAUGUUGCGUUCACAUCCGCUGUUUUUCUAUCUGUCGCCCGUAUCCUCUCGGAAGGACAAAAGUCUGUCGCUUUCGUCGCCACCCAAUGAUAUCUUCUGGAGGUUGGUUCGCGAAUUGGUCGAUGGAUUGCCUGGGUUGCCAAGCGUAACUCUGCCUCCCUCUUGUGUGGAAGAUCCGAGACGCCAGAGAAACAUCGGGACUUUAGGCAAAUACAUUGAUAACGUCCUUGCCGAGAAAAGAGGCAAGAUUCUCUGUGUGGGUAAUGUGACUGAUGUUGCUGAUGUGGAUGGUGGGGAUGCGAAGAAGUGGGGAAUGCCUCUUAAUGGUCUCCGAGAUCUCAUGUUGAGUUUGACACCGGCUUACCUCAUUAAAAACUUCGACGACCUGUUUACCGAAGCUAUUCAGCAAUUGGUAGAAUGGGGUGGUGUCAUCAUAAGUGAAGAUUCCAGUGGUGACCGUUACAUUGCACACAAAAGUCCUCGUCUCACCUGGAUGUGUACCAUGAGAGUAAAGUCUCGGGAAAUAUGGGUCGCAUGGCGAUUGACGCUGUUUGGUCUACUUGGGUGCGGCGUUUUCGCACUCCUAGCCCGACGCAGAAGAGUCAAAGACGAAGAGGACACUAAACGUGUAGCAGACCUUGUUGAGUACGUGCUCGCAAAGCUCAAAUAUACGGAACUAGGUCAUCACACGGACCCUACAACCGUACCAUUCCCGUAUAUACCAUCCGUGCGGCUACGCGAUGAAGUCCUGUACCUCGAACCUCAGUGGAGGAAAAGGGUGCUAUGGGACCGGGUGGAGAAAGCCGUUGAGAGUAAUGCGAACGUUCGAGCGAACAUUCAAGAGGUGUAUGGUGGUGAUGAAAUGAGGGUGUGGCGGUGGGUUGGAAGUCAUCCAUUCGCCAACGUACAGACCCCAAUCAGAUUUGAUGUUGGGGGUCAAUCAGUGGAUGAUGGCUCGGUCGGUUAA